UUGCAAGCCUAAUAUUUGCUUGGAAAGAUGGCGACGGCGAAAACAAUUUUCUCGAAAGCGUCUCUGUCAUUUACUCUUCCAAUUUCUUGUCAGAUCUGCCUUUGCAAAGUGAAGGAACCAUUAGUUUGUCCAAACCAACAUGUGUUCUGCACUCAGUGUAUGCAGGUCUGGCUAGAGCACAACCAACAUUGUCCAUCCUGCCGAGUGCCCAUAACACCUGAUACGCCAUGCAAGCAAAUCAUAGGUGGUCCAUCUCCGUCAGAUAUUGGUGAUGGCAGGUUCUCAACACCUGCUCUUCGGAAGGUCAGAUUCGAAAUGAUGUACAAAGAAUAUGAGGAUGAAAUUACAAAGUUAUGUGACGAGAUAACUUCACUCAAGAAAAAGAACAAGUGCCUUGAGAUAUGCUUAGAGGAAAGUUCAAAAAAAUCUUCAGCUACAGCCAGCCAAGCAUUUGCACUUCGUACCACUCAAAACCCAACCAGUGAGGAAGGUAAUGAAGGCAAGCCCAGCUUAUCAGAAGCUGAGCCUAAUGAUCAAGUUGCAUCGCUUAUGAAGCUCACAAAAAAUCUAGAAAUAGCGACUGCUACGUACAACCAGGUCAAAUCUGAUAUGGACAAGUUGAAGCAGGUCAACACAAAACUAAAAGACGAAAAUGCUCAACUUCUACGAGAGAAUGGACGACUAAAACAAGACAUCACCAGAUCGCCGAAAAAGUACGAGAAGUACAGAGCCGCUGCAGAGCACAGUCGCUUAUUGCAAUGUGAGAAGCAAGUUAAGCAGCUAAGAAAAGCAUUAGAGCGAUCAGAUAACUAUAUUGAAGAACUCGAGAACCAAUUGGAGAUGAGGAGCAACAAGGUCAAAACAGGGGACAGAAAAGAUGACAGUGGGGGACAAAGAAAAUAUAAACUUGCAAAUGUGGACUGCUCUAGCAAAAUGAGAACAGAUUUUUCUACAGAUGAUCAAAGCACAAACCAAAUGUUCAGAGGAAAUUCAAGUCUCUGGGGACCAGAGCAUACCAGCCUAGGGAAUUCAUCUUACCUAGAAAAACCAAGUUCAGUAACUCCAGCUACAACAUUCAGUAAGCUAAGUUUGAACUCUGUGACUACUGAUUCUGCCGCCAUAGAUAAAGGGCUUCAGUACACCAAAAACUCUGGCCAAGCAAACUCUAAACUCAGUUGUACCAGGCAAUUGAACUUUGGCCAUGUUGAUAAUGGUAUUGGGACAUCUUCUAAUAAAUAUUUAAGGGAGAGUAAUACAACAUUUGAUAAUCUUGACUACACGUUAACUGAUGAGUUGUCAGAUUGUGCUAAGCUUAUGAAUGAAGCAGCACAAAGGGUAUAUACAAGAAAAGGCAAUGAUUAUCAGUUUUCGGGGCUUGCCAAUUCUUCGUUAGAUAAUGGAGACGUUUCUACCUCCCAAUGUGAUUCCAAAUUUAUGCUUUCAAUCGAACAUCCAUAUUCACUUCUUUCAAAGUCGGAUUUUCAGUUUGAUGAAUCUCUCCCAUCAUGUUCAACAUCAACUCUUGGUCUCAACUCUCUAACAUCUAAUCCAAAUAUUUGUAUUACUAUUAAACAAGACAACACUAGCAACGAAGAUUCAAUUUUUUCAACCAAAAGGGAUUUUAGUAUGUCUUCAAACGGAUCACGUCCUGGACCAAGCAGCAUGACUUCAGAUUUUGAGUUUCCGCAUGACCUCCCUGGUGAUGCCACUCCAGCAUUAUCUGGUGUGUCGUCAACUGGAGGCAAAGAGAUGCUGUCUUCAGGAAUGAUGUUUUCAUCAAAAGGGAAUUUGUAUGGCCGACCAGGUCGAGUACAUGCCACUAGUGCCCAAGGCGCCAUGGAGGAGGAAGAUGGCGGUUUAAAACGAAAAACCAGUGAAGGGUACAGCUGUGUGGUUAAUAGUCCGAGUAAAGCCACAAAAUCAGAAUAGAAAAAACAAUACUGUACAUCUUUAUAUUUUAACCAAUUUUGAUAGUAUUAACAAUGUACGUGCAACAAAUUUCUGUAAAAGGAUGUAUUAUUUACAUUCAACCGUAUCCUUUUUUUUUUUAAACUCUGUUAUACAUAACUAAUUUUUUGUCUUUUAAACUGUAAUGUACAUCUUUAUUUUUUAACCAAUUUUGAUUGGUUUAACAAUAUAUGAGCAAUGAAUUUCCAUAAAAGGAUGCAGUAAAGCGAGUCGGAGUCUAAUAGCAGGAAAAUGUUUAAUCAAAGGUGGGAAAUAUGGAUGGGAAAGCAAUCAAAUUAUUUUAAAGGUGAAAGAAAAGACCUGAAAUCAUUCAGAAUAUGGGUGGGAAAACAGGAAUGUAGGCUGGAAAACAUUAGGAAUAUAAGUGGGAAGUUAUUUGUGGCAGAGACAAGCCAAACCAGUCACUCGUCGCAAAAGUCACAUUUUAAAAUAUUUAAACAGUAAAAUGAGAGCUAUAAAAUGAAAAAAAAAACGUUGGAUUAAAUGAUUCUUUAUGAAGUUACAGGAGUUUAAACAUACAGCUGUUUAAAAAACAAUAUUUGAGAAAUUUAUAGCCUUUAGAGUUUAUGAGUUUGGGGAUUUCAUAGGCAGAAACCAUUACCAAAUUGUUCAAAAGAACAGCAUAGCAUGAUAUAUAG